AUGUCGAUUCCUGUCUUCAAGCCAUUCAUGCGCGAUGGUGACCGUUACCUGACUGCCACUGAUGCUUUCUGUGUGGCUACAUAUGGCCACCGAGUAAUCACAACUCCCAACAUGAAAUUCAUUCCCCAACCCUUCGACAACGAAUCCGACAUCAUUCAAGCGCGCGCAGAUGGUAGAUAUUGGGCCCUGGAUCCCUUCCAGUGGCCGCAGAUGUAUGACGACUUAUACGCUCGAAGUUUUGCAAUCCCACGCCAGGAAGCCUAUGCGGACGACUCAAGCAUGAUGUACGCAUGGUUCAGACCAACUUUCGCAAGUGACUUCACGCCCAUUUCUCCCGGCAAUCUUUUUGGUCAACUCAAGACCGACAUUGUCGGCCAUCUCAAGCGCUUGUACGAGAAGGCCAAUACGCGGGUUAGCAAUUACAAGGUUGCAAGGUCCCACAAGGAGGAUCAUGUAGUUGGGUGGGCGCAUGCAAUGCGCGCUGUCUACGAGCGCUUCCAGCAAGCCAUGGCCUGGCGCGACAUCGUCAUAAUCGUUGCUGAAUAUCAGCGCCGGUUUCUCGAUAUCUGGGCGGUUAUAGACUAUUACGAAAUUAUCGAGCCUCGCAUGCGAUUCGUCGACACUACGCACAAGGUGCACGCUGCUGGAGUUCCUGUCUGGCUUAUUCGCGAUGCCAGACUUGUCAAUGCCAACAUGAACAUCGUCAAAGUCGUUUCCUUCACACCACCCGAUGACCUCGUCAUCGGCAUGUAUCAUGAUCCCGUCAAACUCUUCGCCCAACCAUUCGACAUCAUCAACAGAGGUCCCAAUAAUCGCAAGCGUCAUGAGGCCGCUCGUCAGCCGUAUUCCAACUUUGAGAAGCUACCGGUUCCAAAACCCCAAGUGGAACAGAUGGUAACGAGGGAGUCAUUGGUAGGAAGGGCGCGCGUAGACAAAGGGAAGGCCAAAAUGAGUGCCAAGCCUGCGCCGUACAAUGCAACCGCUCCGCGUCAGAAUAAAGCUGUAUCUGGCCGUGACAAGUGGUCUGAUAUAGAUCACCCUUAUAUGCCGCCAAUGAACUCUUUCUUCAAGAUAGCGUUGGAGGACGCAAACAAAGAUAUUAUUCGCAUCAAGCAUCCCAGAGACAAAAUGGAUGAUGGGUACUCGCUUCCCGAUCCAGGUUUAUUCGUUAACGUUCUUUCCCCGCAAUCCUUGGUGAAGUACCUUGCCAACUGGCUGGCAUGCCGCCCUACCUGGAUAGAACGUGUCUAUGACGAAAGGCCUCGACCUCUUCCUCGCGCCCAGAACUGGCGCGAUUUCUUGAUAUCUCAGCACGCUCAGGAACCUUCGAACACGCGGACGUCCGGCAAGACCAGCAAGUCGAAAGCAGCGACUGCUUUACUUUUCCAAAAGGAAGUUCCGGUACUGCGGGCCUUGUGGGCAGGACCCACAAAUGUUCACUGGCGUGGAAAGGAUAUAGCCAUUUCCACGCUCGACAAUCCCCCCGCAGAUCUCGCACGCCAAAUCGUAUAUGAAAUCUGUGAGCAAAGUUUUCGAUAUGAGCUUCUGGACCUGGAUGAGCAUCUUGGGCGCGAUGCACGUAAGGACAAGGAGGCGAGGAAGGAAAGGAUGGAGCUUCUUCGUAGCAUCUUCCCGUCGAAGUCGUUGAAAGUUUGGAACAGGGACUUACCUCAAGAGAACGACGGACUCAAUGCGCCAUCUUUCGACGCCGCUUUACCAUAUUUCGAAAGUUUCCGCAAGGUGUUGUCAGCGUGGGAGCACUUUCCCGAGUCCCUCAAACAACCUUUUGAUGCUACCGGACGUGAGCACAACAUAUGGAAGGGGAUGAAGGAAUGUUGUCUCUUUUACGUUCAGUCUUAUUUCGACAAUACUGGUCGUCCACCUGUCGUUCCUCACUUACUGUAUUCGGUCGCCUAG